AAAUAUUUUAACCGAAUACACACAAAAGUUCUCAGACAGAAUUUUACGAAUUUUUCGAGACCGCGGUGACCGUGAGAAAAUAUGUGUUCAUUUUAUCUUAAGAUAAUAACAUUCGUAUGAAAUUCUUUAUGAAAUCUAGCGGAGUAUUAAAAAAAAUCAAAGGUCGGGAUCUCAUAACCUUUGUAUUGUUAUACGCAAAGAAAGCUUCUGCUCAAUUUUAAUUCACCUUCACAUAUUAAAAUUCUAGUUAGAACUAACUUACUCUAUUACAAAUGCAAUAUAGAAUCCUUUUGUGGUAGAGGUACCGCGCGUUCGAACGAAGCGAUUCGAAGCAUCGUUCCUUGUGCAUACCGCAAAGGAUUGGAACAAGUUGCGGGCCUCUGUUUUUCUGUCCAAAUAUGAUAUUGGGACCUUCAAAAGUAGAGUGAAUAGGCACUUACUAAGCUAGCGCGUACCAUCUUUCGACCAAAUCUCCACUUCACCAGGUGGGAUCGUUGUCAAGCGCUAGCUUAUAAAACAUAAAAAAUAUACAACUAUAUUCUGCAUUAAAAUAUCGUCGUCCCUGUCAUUGUCUUUAACAAAACAGAGAUAACAAUAUGUUUUUGAAUUAGAUCUCAGAAUCCAUAUAUAAUUUCUUUGAUAAAUUAUUUUGGCAUCUGGUUAUUGUCCAAGCCUUAUACCAUAAAAAAUUAAAAAAAAACAACUUGAAAGUCGUAUAAACAAACGCUAAAGAUAAUCAAAGCGGUCAGACUUUUCCCGCUGAUUAUUUUAUAUUAAUUUUGUGAUUCAUUGAUGAAUUUUAUCGCGGAUAUCGUAACGUCUAUACAAAAUACUCUAAGAUAAGAUUAGUCAGUUUACAGCUUUGCUAAUGAAAAUGUGCUCUCUCAAUUUUUUGCUCGUUUAAAAAGUUGGGUUGUUCACUAUCCCCGAAUACCCGGAGUACGAGGCGCGCGGCAUGUGGUCAGCGGCACUAGACGCGAUACUCACCACGCUGCGGUAUCUAGCGCCCGCCACAUUAUUGACGCUCCUCUGGGGUCAGCAGAGCUUCAUAUUCAAGAUACUUAAAUACAUCGACUCGGCUUUCAGAUCUCUGUUAUUCUCGAAUGAAGAACAGAAGCAGGCGGUAUUGCAAUGGGUGUCAGAGCACGGGUCGGUGCGUGUGGACGAGCUAGGCACGGUGUGGCGGCACGGCUGGCUGCUCUGCGGCGUGUUAGAAUCCGCGUUGCCCGGCGCCUGCGCAGGACAUCCACCGACACAGCUCUCUCUGAAGCACGCUCAAGCAAUUGCUGCGCAGUACCUUGGAGUUGAACCGGUAUUUUCUCGCCAUGAGCUGGAAUCAAAUGAUAAGUUAAGCAAACAUCAAGAAUGGAGACUGAUAACUUACAUAGAUUCUGUUCGUGAAGCUAUAAUGAAAGUCGCACCAGCCGUUGUAAAAUCCAAUUAUCAGAAACCUUCUAAAGAUACAACUCAAUUUACCCUUGACUACAUAGCAAGAGGUUCGGGUCUUUCAGCUGCUCAAAUAAAUCAUCCGAUGUACUUUACAAUUUAUCCAACAUCCCAACAGUCUUUAGACCCAGGAGAAAUAACAAUAGUAAUUAACGGGCCGAAUGAUACGUGUGGAGUGAGAAUAUUGCCACCUAUUUUGGGUAAGGCACAACUAAUAAGACAGCAAUUGCUUGGUAUGAGAUCCCAGUCAGGCUUUACAGAAAAUAAACUGCCUUUAGCCCACGGAGCAACUUAUUUAAGAAAUUAUGGAAAAAAUGACAUGACUAAAACAUUUUAUAUACCAAAAACAAAUUAUGACAUUGAUAUUGAAGUGGUAUCUUCCCAAGAUCACGUUAAAAUAGGUUAUGUGGCCAAGUUAGAAGGGAAACAUGAAAUUUUUAUCACCAGUAAAGGCCAUAAUAUUGUGGGAUCACCAUACACUGUAACGGCUACUAAAAAUAUUUUAAACAUACUGGAAAAAGAUAGUUUUUCUCUCGAAGAUGGGGAAGAAAUAGAUAUAGUAGAUGUUAAAUCAGACAGAAAAGUUGUAGUAAGAAUUGUUGAUUUUGUUACUGAAAAAAUGUUGCUAAAAGAUGAUGGAGUCUUAGAAAAAAUCUCCGAAGACGAAGCCAAAUAUUUAAUGGAGAAAGAUACUGAAGUAGAAAAACAUUUAUCACCAAGUACCCAAACCGAUAGCAUUAUUCCUACCAUAAAAUUUGACGAUGCUGGAAUAAAAUCAACAAAAUUCAAUGCAGCAGCUAAUAAAGUUAUAAAAAUAAAUAAAGUGUGCAAAUUAUUUAAUGACAUUGUUAAAGAAAAAGAAACUGUUUUCGUUAAAGACGAUAAUCUACAAUCAAAAAAUCAACAGGACAUUCCAGACGUGGUAAACUCAACACUUGGUGAAGCUACUAUUAAUGCGUUUCUAUUAUCAAACAAGCGCGACAAAGUAAUUGUUCCUGAGAAUAUUUCGGUAUCAAUUUUAACAGAGAAAGUUAGCAACGCUGAUGAUUCAUUUCUUAGUGCUCCUCCCGACAAAGACGAUAUCAAUUUCGCCGAGUUAAAAAUAUUACAUGAUGUCCCAUUUGAUAGUGAAAAUGAAUCCAAUGAUGUAAAUAAAUCAAGCAAUCCAUUUUUAAAUGAAUCUAUUGCUCAUGACGAUAAAAUUGGCAAACUCUUGGGUACAUUUGUAACUUCAGAAUUUGAAGCAAAUAAGAACCAAAACGAAGAAACACAGGAUGCUCCAAUAAAAAUAAUUCUUGAAUAUUCAAAUGAAACGCCCUUAAUAAAUGAAACAAAUCCUUUUAUUAACAAUGAUAUUGUAGUAAUAGAUCGGCCUAAAUCUCCGAUAUUCAAAGACAUUGCAAGCGAUUCUGACUUUUUUGAUCUUCACAGUGAUCAGUAUGAAAAUUCAAGUGAGAAUGAAUUUGUUAAUCCUUUCUUCGCACACCAACAUCUACCUACUGGCAAUGAUAAAGAAAACUUACCCGUAGCCGAUUUCAUCAUUGGUGCUCCCGUAUCUUUACCUCCUGAAAUAAAGUCAUUAUCUCAAGAAACAACCAUCGACUCAUUGGAUGGAUCAAAUAAAGUAAAUAAUAAAAGAGAAGUAUGCGUCGAAGAAAAUCACAGAACAUCGGAAAUCUUUUGUUCUACUUUUGAAACAAAUUUCAACACUACAAAGGACGAAUAUUUAAACAUUAAUUCUAAUGCAACCGAUACGAUGAAUAAUGAUAAUCUAUCGCCGAAAAAAGAAAUGAGGGAUUCAGCAUAUGUAAGCAUUGAUGAAAAUAAUACUUUACCAGAUAGUAAUAAUAAUGACAAUACCGUCUCAAAAGGCUCUGAAACUAAGCAAAAACUUUUAAAUGACUACAUUUUGUCUAAUAUGGGUCCAGCCGAGCGAGAAAUAUGGGAAAAUUGUACAGAAUUACAACAAAGUGAAGCAAACAAAUUGCAAGAAGAGAUAAUGAAAGCAAACAGAAGGGAUUUGAAAAAGUCAAACUUUACACCAAUUGUUGAAGAAAAUGAUAAAAUCAUUUCUACAGGCAUGAAGGGUUUAAAAUCAGAAAACGAAACACACACUGAAACUGAUCCAGUAACACUAGCCUUUGCUGAAAUAAAUCUUCUCUAUAAUGAUUACUUCCCAAGUUCUGAAAACAGUUCUACAAUAAACGAAGACCAUAAAAAUAUUGACAGAGAAGUUGACCAAAUGAGUGAAUACCAAUAUGUCAAAUCUGCGUCUGAAUACGAAUCAGAUGUGAUGAGACAUGAUAAACAAUCAGAAGGUGAGAUUUCUGAGAUUCAGGCAAACGUAACUGAAUCAGUUUCAGUAAGUCAAACCCUUCGUGUGGACGAAAGCAUAAAUAACAACACAUUCCAGUCACAAAAUGACGUUUCUGUUAAAUUUGGUGAUGUUACAUAUUCUAACAUUGUUCUUGAAAAAAAGAAAUACUGGGAUGAAAAAAUACGACAAAUCGAAGCAAAAGAAGAAGAAUCACGGAAAUUACAAAGAAAGAGACGACCUUCUGUGAAACAGUUAAGGCAUAACGAUUCACUUAGCAAACGAAAAGGAAAACAGAUUAUCAAGAAAUACCUUAGUACAAGCGAUAAACAAACUAAAGAGACAGAAAAUCAAGCGCAAGUCGUAAAUCUUGAGAACCAAUCACAAAAUAAUGAAUAUGACAAUGAAGUUAAUGUAAGAAGAGUUAAAAAUUGGAAAACUUUUUGGGAUAGCAAAUUAGAAGAUGAAAACAAGGAAACAAAUCAUCCCCAUUCUAGGAUUGACUCUUCUUUGUCUGAUGAAGUAUUUAAUGCAGUAACAAUCGACAAUGAGAAAGAAACAAAAUUGGAUUCGAAAACACAAAUAAACACUUCAAAUUCAAGUUCACCGGUGAAACAAGAAAUACCAGAAGAAGUUUUUAAAGCAUUUGAAACAAGUCCUAAAAGGUUUUUCGGUACUUCUCGAAAACAGAUUCUCAAUAAAAUUGAUAGUUCCUUAGGAAAACCAAGUGCAGUUAAGGAACCUUCUAUAGACAAUAAUGAAACGACUUGUGAGAGCGGUUUAGUAUCAAGUCGCAUUUCUCUGUUCCAUACCAUAUCUCAAACGGAAGAAAUAUCAUGGACACAACGAAAAAGUCAAUCAAUGCACAACAUAUAUCACCGAAAAGACAGCGACUCUGAAGUAUUAAAACCAACACACAAGAUAGAAAGUGAAGAAAAAUUAGAUGCACUCCAACCCACCAAAGAAGAAAAUUUGAAUGAAAGAAAACAAAUUGUUAAAAAUAUAACCCUUAAGGAGAAAAGAGCUCGAGUUGCUGACAAAUUUUAUACUAAAAGCUUUGACGAAAGUAGUUAUCAUAAAUCAAUAGAAGAAGAUUUCUCAGAUCACGAUUCCUACGUGAAAAAAACUAUUAAAACUAUGAAUAGUUCACUUCCUUACAGUUCAAGUAAUGAUUCUAAUAAUACUCAUAAAAUGUCCAGUAGUAAAUCAGAAAUGGAUAUAUUCAAUAAACUAUCAAAUAAAUCAAUCGAUGAAGAUUUUGAUAAAUAUAAAUCAUAUGAUGAGUUGCCAAAAGUAAGUGUUAAAAACUUUAUAUCCUUGUAUGAAGACGUUACGAAAACUGCAGAAGCAAGUUCGACAAGAUUAAAUUAUAGUAAAAGUCCUGGAAGUUUUGAUAAACCUAGCAAGGUUGCGUGCUUAAUUUCAGAAACAACUGCAACAAACGAACCAAUCAUCACUUCAACACCAAUUCCUAAAAAUAUUACUAAGGAAGUUUCCAGGGUUCAUAUAAAUUUUACGGAAUCUGCUAUAAAUCACGUCACAAAAGAUUCUAAGUUUACUAAUGAAUUUAAUGGAAGUCCUAUUCAAGACAUAGAUAAGAAAUCAACAUAUUUUAAUUUACCAGACAUCGAUUUAGAAAUUGUGGAAAAUUCUUCAGAUAAGUCAAAUGAAAUUUCUCCAGAAAAAGAAAUCGAAAACACUUCUACUGAUUAUAAAUCUCGCUUUAAAUUAGCAAAACAAUAUUUUCAAUCACUCGAAGAACUUAGAGAAGUGAAAAAGCCGAAAAAAUUAAACGAAUGCGAAUUACUUUUGUAUAAUAAGUCAAACGAAUCUCUUAUCGAUAACGAACAGAAACCAAACGAAAAAAAGAAGAUUAAAUCACAUACGAUGCCGUCGUCAGAAAUUUCUAAAUUUUGGAAUGAGCUACAAGAAGAAAAUAACGAAAGCAAAGAUAAUAAAUUCAUGAAGAUAUCAGAAAAGUUUCACGUUGAGGAUUUCUUCACGGACGUAAUGGAGGGAAGGUUAAGCAGACAAGGUAGUUUGAGGGGGAUUCCCCACAAGAAAGCAGUAUUAGAAGCAUUCAGAUCGAUGGAAAACAUUUCUGAUAGUAAAUUAAGUCCUUAUGAGCUUGCCGUGUCUCAAUUUAAUGAUAUUGAAGACCCAAGGAAAAAAAAUGCACAGACAUAUCUUAACGAAUAUCCAUACUUACCUACUACUGAUCCGUCCAAAUCUCAUUCCAGAUUAGAUGUACAUGCAUCUGGCUUAAUACCGUUUAAAGAAUUAAAAAGGGUACGAAGAAAUAGUGUACCAGAUUUAAGGUUAAAUCCAUCUUUUACUGUCGAUUUGUAAACAAUUAUUUAAUAAAAAAAAAUCAAUCCAUAAUAUCUUCUUCUUGUCCAUUUUUCUAUUUCUCUUCUUGAUCUUUCUUGAACUAGAAUUUAAUGUUUUAUGACUAUUGUAAUUAUUUUUAAGCUUUUAAUUUUAUUUUUAAUAUUGACGCAAUAUGUAAA